AUGGAGUGCGCCCUCCUGCUCGCGUGCGCCCUGCCCGCCGCCCGCUCGGGCCCGCCGCGGGCUCCGGCGGGGCUGGGGCGCGUGGCCAAGGCGCUCCAGCUGUGCUGCCUCUGCUGUGCGUCGGUCGCCGCAGCCCUAGCCAGUGACGGCGGCGGCGGCGGCGGCGGAUUAAACGUCGAUUACGUCUUUGUCACGCCGGUGGAAGUGGACUCAGGCGGGUCGUAUAUUUCACACGACAUUUUGCACAACGGCAGGAAAAAGCGAUCGGCGGGGAGUGCCGGCAGCUCCCCGCAUUACCGAUUUUCAGCAUUUGGACAGGAACUACAUUUAGAACUGAAGCCCUCGGCGAUUUUGAGCAGUCACUUUAUUGUCCAGGUACUUGGAAAUGAUGGUGCUUUGGAGACUCCGGAACCCGCAGUGCAGCGAUGCUUCUAUCAGGGAUUUAUCAGAAAUGACAGCUUCUCCUCCGUCGCUGUGUCUACGUGUGCCGGCUUGUCAGGUCUAAUAAGGACCCGAAAAAAUGAAUUCCUCAUCUCCCCGUUACCUCAGCUGCUGGCCCAGGAACAUAACUACAGUGCACCUGCAGGGCAUCAUCCUCACGUACUGUACAAAAGGACGGCUGAGGAGAAGAUCCAGCGUUGCCAUGGCUACCUAGGCUCCAGCGGGCAUCAUCCUGGUCACCCCCCAACUCACAUGCCCCACACAUCUCGGAGUCAAGAAAGAGAGCAUCACCACCCAAGGUUGCAAAAGCAGCAUUUUUGUGGACGACGCAAGAAAUAUGCCCCUAAGCCUCCCACGGAGGACACCUAUCUCAGGUUUGAUGAAUACGGGAGUACAGGGCGACCCAGAAGAUCAGCUGGAAAGUCACAAAAGGGCCUAAAUGUGGAAACCCUUGUAGUAGCAGACAAGAAAAUGGUGGAAAAACAUGGCAAGGCAAAUGUCACCACGUACAUUCUCACAGUCAUGAACAUGGUUUCUAGCCUAUUUAAAGAUGGGACCAUUGGAAGUGAUAUAAACAUUGUUGUGGUGAGCCUCAUUCUUCUGGAACAAGAACCUGGAGGAUUAUUGAUCAACCAUCAUGCAGACCAGUCUCUGAAUAGUUUCUGUCAAUGGCAGUCCGCCCUCACUGGAAAGAAUGGCAAGAGGCAUGACCAUGCCAUCCUCCUCACGGGAUUUGACAUUUGUUCCUGGAAGAAUGAACCAUGUGACACUCUAGGGUUUGCCCCCAUCAGUGGAAUGUGCAGUAAGUACCGAAGUUGUACCAUCAAUGAGGACACAGGGCUUGGCCUGGCCUUCACCAUUGCUCAUGAGUCAGGGCACAACUUCGGCAUGAUUCACGAUGGGGAAGGCAAUCCCUGUAGGAAGGCUGAAGGCAAUAUCAUGUCUCCCACACUGACAGGAAACAAUGGGGUGUUUUCCUGGUCUUCGUGCAGCCGGCAGUAUCUCAAGAAAUUCCUUAGCACACCUCAGGCUGGGUGCCUGGUGGACGAGCCCAAGCAAACAGGACAGUAUAAAUAUCCAGACAAACUACCAGGACAGAUUUAUGAUGCCGACACACAGUGCAAGUGGCAAUUUGGAGCAAAAGCCAAGUUAUGUAGCCUUGGUUUUGUGAAGGACAUUUGCAAGUCCCUUUGGUGCCACCGAGUGGGUCACAGGUGUGAGACCAAGUUCAUGCCCGCGGCAGAAGGGACCGUUUGUGGCUUGAGUAUGUGGUGUCGGCAAGGCCAGUGCGUAAAGUUUGGGGAUCACGGGCCCCGGCCCGUCCACGGCCAGUGGUCCGCCUGGUCGAAGUGGUCCGAGUGUUCCCGAACUUGUGGUGGCGGAGUCAAGUAUCAAGAGAGACACUGCAAUAACCCCAAGCCUCAAUAUGGUGGCAAGUUCUGUCCAGGUUCUAGCCGUGUAUAUCAGCUGUGCAAUAUUAACCCUUGCAGUGAAAAUAGCUUGGAUUUCCGAGCCCAGCAAUGUGCAGAAUAUAACAGCAAACCUUUCCGUGGAUGGUUCUACCAGUGGAAACCCUACACAAAAGUGGAAGAGGCAGAUCGAUGUAAACUGUACUGCAAGGCUGAGAACUUUGAAUUUUUUUUCGCAAUGUCUGGCAAGGUGAAAGACGGAACUCCUUGCUCCCCAAACAAACACGACGUUUGUAUUGAUGGGAUCUGUGAACCAGUGGGAUGCGACCAUGAACUGGGCUCUAACGCAGUUUUGGACGCGUGUGGUGUUUGCAAAGGGGAUAAUUCAACUUGCAAGUUUUAUAAAGGCCUGUACCUCAACCAGCACAAGGCAAAUGAAUAUUAUCCUGUAGUCACCGUGCCAGCGGGGGCCCGAAGCAUCGAGGUCCAGGAGCUACAGCCCUCCGCUGGUUACCUGGCAGUCAGAAGCCUCGGUCAGAAGUAUUACCUCACGGGGGGCUGGAGCAUCGACUGGCCUGGGGAGUUCACCUUCGCUGGGACCGUGUUUGAGUACCAGCGGGCCUUCAACCACCCGGAACGUCUGUAUGCGCCAGGACCUACCAACGAGACGCUGGUCUUUGAAGUCCUGAUGCAAGGCAAAAAUCCGGGGAUAGCUUGGAAGUAUGCACUUCCCAAGGUCAUGAAUGGAACUCAUCCGGCCUCAAAAAGGCACAGUCACGCCUGGAGUACGGUGCAGUCUCAGUGCUCUGCGACCUGCGGUGGAGGUUACAUAAGCGUAAAGGCCAUUUGCUUACGAGAUCAAAACACUCAAGUCAGUUCCUCCUUCUGCAACGCAAGAACCAAGCCAGCAACGGAACCCAAAAUAUGCAAUGCUUUCUCCUGCCCUGCUUACUGGAAGCCAGGCGAAUGGAGCGUGUGCAGCAGGUCAUGUGCGGGGGGCCAGCAGAGCAGGAAGAUCCAGUGUGUCCAGAAGAAGCCGUUCCAGAAGGAGGAAGCAGUGUUACAUUCUCUCUGCCCAGUGAGCACGCCCACUCAGGUGCGAGUCUGCAACAGUCAUGCCUGCCCUCCAGAAUGGAGCCUUGGACCCUGGUCUCAGUGUUCCAAGACCUGCGGGCGAGGGGUGAGGAAACGCGAAAUCCUGUGCAAAAGCCCCCCGACGGCAGAGGAUCUCCCAGAGAACCUGUGCUCCAGCGCCCCGAGGCCAGAGUCACAGGAGGGCUGUGUCUUAGGACGAUGCCCCAAAAACAACCGGCUGCAGUGGGUUGUCUCUUCCUGGAGUGAGUGUUCGAUGACCUGUGGUUUGGGCGUGAGGAAGAGGGAGAUGAAAUGCAGUGAGAAGGCCUUCCAGGGAAAGCUGAUCACUUUCCCGGAGCGAAGGUGCCGCCAUAUUAAGAAACCAAUUCUCGACCUGGAAGAAACCUGCCAGCGGGGGGCUUGUCCAGCCCGUCCUGAGUUCAGUGUGGCAGCUGGAUGGUAUUCAUCGCCUUGGCAGCAGUGCACGGUGACCUGUGGAGGGGGCGUCCAGACCCGCUCGGUCCACUGCGUCCAGCAGGGCCGGCCUUCCUCCAGUUGUCUGCUCCGUCAGAAACCUCCCGUGCUACGAGCCUGUAACACAAACUUCUGUCCAGCUCCUGCAAAGAGAGAAGAUCCAUCCUGUGUAGAUUUCUUCAGCUGGUGUCACCUCGUUCCUCAACACGGCAUCUGCAACCACAAAUUUCACGGUCAUCAGUGCUGCAAAUCUUGCACGAGGAAGAGCUGACCUUGACGCCCUCCCUAACACCGCAGGGCCAGGGUCUCACCUCUCACCUCCGGAGCUCGAAAGCUGAACCCUGCAGACCACUCCUGCAUGGCUACAGCAGCCCCUGGGGAGCUGGCUCUCAAGAACAGACAGGCUCCUUCUCCAAGUCCCAAAGCACACGGUACUCCGAAGCACUUGAAGAUGGGAAGCAAGGACCCAUCUGACUUCCAAGAGAAAUGACAAAAGAACGUUUUUGAUUUGCACUGUUACAGGAAAGAGGUGAUGAGUCACAUUGAGAUACGUCACCUUUUAAUUUUGACGAAGAAUCUGGUCAACUCUGGGAGAGACACCCCCCCCCCCACCGCCCUUGAACUUUAGAGUGUUCCAUGGCAAGGACAUCUGUUUCGAAACGGUUCUUGAAGACUUAGAUCCAAGACUGAGCCUUGGAGCAAUCAAAUACGGAUGGAACACCUUGCUUAACCGUUAUUCGGAGCUCACAGUUGGAUGGACGCUGUGGCCAGCCCGAACUCGGUUACACAGGAAGCCAAAUGGUGCUCAUAACUGUGCUUGCUGCUGGACCAACAAGCUUCACGUUAUGUUUAUUCAGUGUGAGUGUGUUGUUUUUAUUAUUUUGUUCAAAGUAUAUCCUGCUUAUAGAGAGUCUCCAAGACUAAAAUUUACAACUUGAAAAGUGUUCUGAGGAAUAUUCUGAAAACAGGGCAACUUGGACUAUUUAAGAAGAUCUCCGUUGAAUUGAAAUUACAAUCUGAAAAAAAAAAAAAACCACAAAACUUACAUCAAAGGCCAACGUUGACGUCCCACACAUUCUAUGAACCUCGUAACUCUUGGUGCUAGCUGAACAAGGACACGGAGCCUCAAGUCUGCUCUUUGGGAAUCAGAAUUGGUGAGGUGUUCAUUUCUGGUAAAAAGCAAGGAGGAGCUAAGUAGCAAAAUCACAGUGUUAGACCAUCAUUUAUAAUGUUCCCUACAUAUCAUCAGGGCUGCUUGGAAAAUUAAAGACCACUUGUGGUUGUUCUCCUACCAACUGUCAUGUUUAAAAUUUCCCUAAGAUUUAGUUAACAACGAGAAAAGAGUGGCAAUAGAAAACCCAUCUGUCUUCUUGCUAUGUUAAUAUUAAUAAAUCAUAAGCCAAGACCCUUCAAUAAAUAUGAAUAUUUUAUAAUCUUACAGAUGAUAUUUUCAGUCAUCGGAAGCCAGCUGUUGAUAGGCAUUAAUGAGCUUAAAAUUGUUCUCAGUUGGAAAAUACCACACUAUUUUGCCAAAACCAAAGUGACUUACAAGAUGGAGUCCUUCUGUAAUUUUUUGAGAUGUGGUUAAAAAGGGCAUAUUUAUAUAAUUCCACGCUAUUCCUCAGUUUCUUUGAUGAAUGGAACCCAAUUUUACUGCUUUCUCAAGUCUCAAUUCAAACAGGGUUUGCCAGCUCAGCACCACCAACUAGACAGUGGUUUGUUAAAUUUAGAACAUCCUUCGUUCCCAUUCUAAUUAAAAUCAUGCCUUCUUGAAUCUCAGAGAAAUAAUGAUUGAAUAGUCUCUCAAACCACUUGGCUUGGCCUAGAGUAGCAGCCAUUUUAUCAUCAAAAAAAUAUAGUUCCACAUCCCCACCCCCUUGCCCUCUGAAAAAUUGCAAAUUAUUCAUUUCUUUAUAUAAUGAUCAUUUUAUUAUUUUAUGGAAAAAUUAAUUUAUUAAUAGCCUAUUCUUAUGUGUUCUCACUUGCUUCUCUAAGUGAUAUUAAUUCUGAGGAAAAAUGAUGAAUAAAACAAUGGGUUAUAGAGAAAAGUCAAAAUAUAUGUGUAAUAUUUAAUUAUUUUAUAAGUUUUAUAAUAAAGUGUUCUGUUUAUCUUUGAGAUUUGUUAAGUUCUUGAAUAAAUUUGAAGUCAAGUUACUUCCAAGAUGA